CUCUCUUUUCCUCUCUUGUUAAACAACUUCUGAUAAUUCUAACGUCAUUUGUUAGCCUGUUAUGAGAUAAAAUGGCUUCCAAAGUGUCUUUUUCUAAAAUAGUUAAUCUGUUUACUUAAAUCAUGUUUACUCUAAAUCCAGUAAUUAACAAUGGACUUGAAUUAUUUUCUAUUGUGUUUUCUGUUGACAAUUAGUUCAUCAUUUGAUGUAACCAUUGGUGUUAGUGUUACCUCAUCAUCUUCCCUUAAUCCAACCCUAGAACGACCCAAAGUUAUUGCCAAUAAUAAUAGGAGAAGAUGUGAAACAAUAACCAUCGCCUCAUGUAAAGACAUUGGUUAUAAUGAGACAAUUUUUCCCAACCUUCGUAAUCAUGUUUCCCAACAACAUGCUGGCUUUGAAUUACACGAUUUAGCUCCAUUGAUUAAGAUUAAUUGCUCGGAAGAUCUUAAACUAUUAUUAUGCUCGGUCUUCUUUCCACCUUGUACCAUGUUGGAGACUCCAUUACCACCCUGCCGAUCAAUUUGCCUCUCAUCUAAAAAUGGUUGUGAACAUGUAGUUAUCGCUUUCGGUUUUGUCUGGCCUGAUUAUCUUGAUUGUAAUAAAUUCACCAAUGAUGAACCUUGUGUUAGCCGGACAGGUAACUCAUUUACCUCUGAUACUUCAAUCAAUAUCAACUCUCAAGAUCCACCAUUAACCGGAAUCCACGCCUACAAUUACAAUCCAAACAAUGGUGAUUCUAUUAACAAGAAUAACCGUUUCGCUUGUCCAGUUCAUUUAGCUGCCCCCAAGAAUUCUGGUUAUAUUUUACGAUUAAAUGGUAAAAGUUACCCUGAUUGUGCCACACCUUGUGAUGGUUUGUUGUUCAACAAAAAUGAUAAGAAAAUAAUCAACGGAUGGAUCUUUAUUUGCUCCAUUGCCUGUUUACUAUCAUCUCUUUUCACAUUGUUUACUCAUCUUCUUGAACCAAGAAGAUUUGGUUAUCCAGAGAAAGCGUUACAAUUUAUUUCAAUCUGUUAUGCUGUCAUCUCUUUAGUUCAUAUAGUUGGUUUCACGUUUGGCGAUUCAAUCUCAUGUAAUCAACCAUUUCCACCUCCUGAAGAUAAUCCCAAUGUACCAAUGAUCAGCACAAUAACCCAAGGAACUUCAAAAAGCUUUUGUACCUUAACUUUUAUGUUCUUGUACUUUUUUGGCCAUUCGAGUUACAUUUGGUUCACCAUAAUGACUCUUACUUGGUUUAUUGCCUUUUCUUGUGGUUGGGGACGAGAGGGUUUCGAAAGGAUAACAACUUGGUUCCAUGUUUUCGCCUGGGCAGUACCUUGUGCUGAAGUUUUUCGCGUUAUCGCCUUAAAUAGGAUCGAAGGUGAUCCUUUAAGUGGUGUUUGUUAUCACAACUUUUGGAAUCGUGGAGAUCACAUUCAACUCACCGAUUCUGGCCUUUAUCUUUUCUACUUAUCCUGUAGUAUCGUUUUUCUUUUCAUUGGUUUCUAUUAUUCAAUUCGCCUUCAUCAGGAACUUAAAGCUGAUCGUAGAGAUACUUAUAAAAUGGAUAACCUUUUAUUACGUGUAUCAAUUUUUUCCAUUUUCUACCUAAUCUCAUCAUUUAUUUUAAUCGCUUGUAAUAUUUAUGAAACAACUAAUCUAGAUUCUUGGAUGCUUGACUGGCAGCAAAAUGUUUGCCUUCGACCCGAUUCCGGAAUACCCUGUCCAUUCACAUCUUCCGAUAAGAUGCCCAGAAAACCAAAUCUUUGGUACUUUCUCCUCAAAUAUGCUGCUCGACUUGUGCCUGGAAUAACUUUGUCGAUUCAUCUCUUUUCUCACAAAACUCUUGAUUCUUGGCAUAACUUUGCUCGAAAACUUUGCUGUUUAAGUGAACCCGUUGAUCCCGACAAUUCAUUGAAAAUCUGACCAAUUUAUCCUCACCUAUCAUACAUUUACCAUAUUUGUAAUUUAUCAUUACUAGGAACAAUCAACCAAUCAAACUUUUGCAAAAAGUUUUUUUUAUCCACCGCCAUUUAAAUCAUUUGGUUCUGAUUACAAAUUCACCGUAGUAGUAAUCAACUUUAUCAAAAAGGAAAACAAAAUUAAGAGCUUUGGAUUCAUAUUUUGCCAGAAAUUUUUCUCUGUAAAUUAGUCGCUGUUUAAGGAAACAAUUAGUGCUUAUGAUCACUACUUUGGGUUAUUGGAUCAAUUUUAAUCUCUCUCCCUGUGUUUCUAACCUACACUUUCACUUAAUCCAUCCAAUUGUAAAUAUUUUUUUCUAUGAGAUUUUUUUCUGAGAUUCUUUUCUAUUGUAAUCAAUUGUAAAUAUACAUAAUAAGCCAAUCUAAUUCACUAUAAGUUACCAUAUUAUGGAUUCUUGAACGAUUAAGAUAAGACUGGAAUUUUAACCUAAUAUAAUUAAAUUAUAAUUAAAUGCCAAAAUGUUUUCAUUUAAAUACAA